CAGGCGCUGGCCGCCGCUGCUCUGCCUUCUCGCGCCCUGCGGUGCCCUCUGGAGCCCGUCACCAUCCUCCGCACGACGUGCUGCCCUGCCCCCGCAGCCAUGUGCCGGACCCUGGCCGCCUUCCCCACCACCUGCCUGGAGAGAGCCAAAGAGUUCAAGACACGGCUGGGGAUCUUUCUUCACAAGUCAGAACUGGGCUCCGGUACUGGGAGUGUUGGCAAGUUCGAGUGGGACAGUAAACACAGCAAAGAGGGCAGAAACUUCUCAGAAGAUGUGCUGGGGUGGAGAGAGUCAUUUGACUUGCUGCUGAGCAGUAAAAAUGGAGUGGCCGCCUUCCACGCCUUCCUGAAGACAGAGUUCAGCGAGGAGAACCUGGAGUUCUGGCUGGCCUGUGAGGAGUUCAAGAAGCUCCGGUCAGCUACCAAGCUGGCCUCCCGGGCUCACAGGAUCUUUGAGGAAUUCAUCUGCAGUGAAGCCCCCAAAGAGGUGAACAUAGACCACGAGACCAGGGAGCUGACCAGGACGAACCUGCAGGCGCCCACGGCCAUGUGCUUCGAUGUGGCUCAGGGGAAGACGCGCACCCUGAUGGAGAAGGACUCGUACCCGCGCUUCCUGAAGUCCCCAGCUUAUCAGGACCUAGCUGCACAAGCCGCGGCCGCCUCCGCCUCCCUGUCCGAGCCCUCGCAUACCUGAGCCUCCGGGCUGAGAGGGGGCCAGCCGGGCAGAGAGGUUGGGUCGCCCAUAGCCGAGGCGCCGCCCCUGUGCGGGGGGCGGGUUCUGCAAAGCCAGAGAGGACAGCGAAGGGAAAAGCCCACCCGGUGACACCCUCUCCUCCAGACACUGCGGGACUGAAUUCCGUGCGUGAGAGGGUUCCGCCACUUCUAGGACCUGCGCCCAAGGGCUGAAGAGGACGGUUGUGUGUGGCUCUCUGGGGGAAAAGAAAGAUGGUGCAAGAGUCAGCAUCGGCUCUGGCCGCUCUCAGCGGGGCGAGGGAUAUUCCAGGGUGCUUUGGGAAACUUGUGGAUAAAGGGAAACUUGAAAAUGAGUGAGGGAAAGACAACCAGGUUAGCCGCUCUGCCUGUCCAUCGGGGGAAACAUCCUGGUUUCCUAAUUCCCAGACUGUCCUGGGCACACGGGGAACCAUGGAUGUGGAGCCUUCCCAUCCCGUCCUCUUCACCUGCCUCUGGGCUGCCCGGGGGUUCCCUGGCUUGCAUUUCUCAACACUCCUGUGUCCAGCCUGGCAGUCUUGUCAAGGCCAGAGAGCCAAGGUGAUGCUUGCCCCAGAUGAGAUUUUUACCUCAAAUACUGGCCUUCCAGCCCCUUUCCAGAUCAGUAGAGAGCCCUGAAAAGAGGCCAUCUUGCUCACGUGAAAUGAACCUUGGUGCCCUUGGUGGCCUCUUGCAGGUGCCCCGACCCUGUGUGUGCAGCAGGGUCCACCUGUGAGCAGGGCCCGCUGAGGACCUCUUGCUGGGAUGUGUCCUCUCUUAGCUCCGUGCUGCUGUUGAACGUGGGGCCCAUCAGGAGAAGGGCAUGGGGCCUCUUGGUGAGCCAGCUCUUUUGCCGGGCAGGGUGGAAGGAGGGAGAAAAGGGUCCUGAGAAACCAAUCUCUUGGCAGUUCCAGAAAAUCCUCUUUAAAUCAAGCUCAUCUUUUAUUUUUGUGGGUCUGAGAACAGGGAAAAAGCGAUCCCCCAGGAUGGAAGGGGAGCCUCGUGUUUCUUUCCUGUGGAUGUGAGGUACACUCACUGGGGUGUCGGGAGAAAUGAGGCAGGAACCUCAAUGAACUUGGACAGACCGUAGAAGCUGGGAAGAGCAGGACUGGGGGCAAUCAGAACCAGCUUGUCACCUCAGGGCAUCACUGAGCACACAUUCCGUGGUGGGACUUCUGCCUGGGCCCAGGCUGGGGAGGUGAAUUAACCGGGCAGCUCCCUUGUGCCCCAGGAAAAUCCACACUGUUCUCUCUGCGCUAUGAGCUCCUCCAGGAGACAAUUAUUUAAGUCUAACAUAUUGUUGGUUUUGUGACCGUGGUCAUGGCACAUUAUUUUUAUUGCUGUUGUCGUGUUGUUGCUAUUGUUAUUUAUUGUCAUUUGAGUUUGCCUCUACUGGAGAAUCUCAACAGGAGCUGGCGGCCUGACUCUCUCCCUCUCCACUGGACUCUACCUCUUGAACAUGCUGGGAACCUCUUAGCGCCUGUCAGGAACUCCUCCCUGUUUAAAUAUUUAUUUAUUGUUGACACCUGGAGCUGGUUUUCUAGAUGUGAAUGAUGUACUCGAUCCCCAUUUUCCUGUUUCAGCAUGUUAUUUUAUUGUGAA